AUGAUCAAUUUUAAAGCUGUCUUUGAUUAUAUUAAAGAGCGAUUAUGGAAUUAUAAUCUUUUUAUAAUAGAAGAAGAUGAUUAUGAUGACGACGACGACAACGAACAAAGAGAUCCAGUAAUUGUUCUUAAACAACAAAAAUACACAACUUGGCUUUAUAUUAUUCUUAUUAUGGUAUCUAUCUACAUUCUUUGUUAUACUGCUCUGAUGAAACCAGAACUUCGAACAAUCACUGUACUCGAUAUUACUCCUGUGAUUUUCAACGAAACUUUUCUUAAAUAUGGUGAAACUCUUUCAUGUCCAUGUUCGAAAGUCGCUAUACCGUAUAAAGAUUUUGUGAAUCAUACAACCACAUAUCAUCCUGUUUGUUCAAGUGUUUUUGUUAGUGAACAAUGGAUUCAAGCAUUAUAUUUCGAAGAUGCAAGUAGAUAUGGAACAGGAGAUUUUCGAACAACAGCAAAUUCUCAGUUUCAUCUUUUGGCUACACUUUGUUCGUUGUCUGAAGAUGUAAUCUCUCAAAAUAAGUUUGAUUUUAAUAACAAUGAGUUUAUCAGUAGUGAUCUUCUUUCUGACGUUCAAGUUCAAUCUAAAAUAAAUGCUACCCUUGAAGUUUUCAAGAGCCAUGCAUCUACUCAAAUCAUGCUAUUGGUGAACUAUCUCAGAACGACAAUUCGAGCUAAUCACUUAGUUUCGAGUCUCAAUACAAAUUUCAUCAUUCAACUUUCUAGUUCUGAACGUGGUUAUGUAUUUUUCCGUAGAAAAGUACAUAUUGCACAUUCAAUUGCUAGUACUUUGAAGCCAACACUGAUGGACUGUAGCAUUGGAAAUCCAAUAGCGCCAAUUAGUUUCUUUUCCGAUUCAAAAAGAGAGCCAAAUCCAUAUCAUUUGCCAUCGUAUUUCCUAGUGCCAAAUGCCACACUCGUCAAUGGAUUCUUUGCUGGAUGUACUCCGUUUGAAGCUCUACUUCAAAGUACACUCGAUUGUUUAUAUAGUAUUGAUUGUCUUGAAUUAUUGAUGUUCUACUUUCCAAAUAUCACUCAAAUACAUAUUAACUGGACCAAUUCUACUCUACUUUUAAAGCAAGAUAAUAAAUCCGUGAAUGAUCAUUUAGUUAAUCUUUUCAUUGAUGAAUGUCUUUAUGGUGGUCUUAUUAUAAUACUUCGAUUAAUUGCACCAUUCUUAGUCAAUAUUUGGUUAAAAUUAAAAUAUCAUUCAAUAAACACAAAUAUUAAUCCGAAUUUUUUUAUGGCUUGUAUACGUAAAUUUGGUCAAUUUAUCAAACGAUUAAAUUUGUUUAAGGCAGCUGAUCGACGAAUGGAAACCGAUAUCAAACAACAAAAGAUUAGUACAUGUGUCUAUUUGAUCUUACUAACUGGUUCAUUUUUCAUUCUUCUCUACACUUCAUGGAGUACUGAAGUAGUCAUAAAAACUGAUCCAAAUCCAUCAUUAACGACAUAUAAGAAGUUAGAAACUAUUUCUUUGAAAAAAUUCGAAUGUCCAUGUUCUAAUACAAUACUACCUUAUGAAAAAUUCAUUUUAUUAUCUCCAAUUUUUCAUCAAAUAUGUUCAAGUGAUCUUAUUACAGAUGAAUGGAUUUCAUUAUUGAGAGACAUCACAACUGGUUAUGGUUCUCCCGAUUGGCGAAAUAUAGCUCACUCACAUUUUUAUUUAUUAUCAGAUCUUUGUAAAUUAGCUAAUACAACAAUUGAAGAUGCUAUCCAACGAUUACUUUUACAAUCCUUUAUUGUUUCGAAUGUACUAACUGAAAAUGAUUUUAAUAUACAAUUAAAUGCGACUCUCAAUGAAUUUUUCCGAUCGACAAUUAUUUACUUUAGUCCUCUUAUUAAAACAGUAAAAAUUCUUACACAAAUUGAUCAACUUUAUGCUGUACCAAUGACACAUAUUAAACUUUAUCAAGAAGAUGAAAAUCUAGUUGGAAAAUUCGCGAUAGAUAACAACCAACGAUUAAAAGCAUCGCAGGUAACAUUUCGACUGAUUGGACCUCGCAAUGUAAAUUCAACAUCCUUCGCCUGUAUUUGUGCUACUAAUACUGAUUGUAAACAUUCGUUUGGUAUUUAUGAUGUUGAUAAUGGAUGGUCAGUACAUCCAACAUUUUUUCUACGUUACACAGUGCCAGGCCUGGUUUUCGGAUGUUCGCCUGUAGAAUCUCUAAUACUUUCAACGCUACAAUGUUUCUAUUCACACUCAACUUGUUUCUCAAUCCUGAUGAAUUAUAGUAGACAACAAUACUUAAUGAAUGUUGAACAUCCAACAUGGUUUGAUGUGCGUCCACUCAUUUAUGAUCCAAUACGAAGUCGUUUUCCUCCGAAUACUUCAAUAUUAACAAUAGUCGAAGAAAUUAUGAUCGAACAAUGGAAUCCAUCUUUCUCAUAUGAUCAUUUUUACAAAUCAUGUGCACCAAAAUAUUGUACUUAUACGAAGAGAAUUUGUCGAAAAUUUGUUGAAAUAAUGAUAAGACUAUUAUCCAUGAUCGGUGGUCUUACUCUUUGUCUACACUUACUGACACCUAAACUGAUCAGCUUUAUCUUUUAUUUAUUGACAAAGAUCUGUAACCAACAACAACAAGAGCAGGAAGAAGAAGUAUUUGUAGUUCGUUACAACAUAUUCAGUCAAUUACAAACAAUCAUACAGAAACUAGUAACAUAUUUAUCCACCAAAUUGGUAAAUUUAAACAUUUUCUUCGUACGAGAUUUUGGAAGUAAUAUUGAUCGAACGACAGCUAAACGUCUUGGUCAAUGGGCUACUCGUUUAUAUAUGAUUUUGCUCGUAGUUGGUAUUAGUGUUCUUGCUGCUUAUAUCAUCUUUCAGCCUGAAACAUUGACAAAAAAAUUUGAUAAACCAUCUCUCGAUUUAUAUAAUCAUCUUUUUCAACGUUAUGGAGAUGAAUUAAAAUGUUCAUGUCCAUCAAUCACAUCAACAUACAAUCGAUUUGUCACAGUCGAAACAGUAUUUCAUCAGAUUUGUUCAAGUCCAUUCGCUUCAAAUGCAGGUCGAAUUAAUCUAACAUCUGGUCUUACUUCUGAUUUAUCUGCUUAUUUGCAAGAAGAUUAUCGUCGUUUUAUUUCUGCACAUUUACAAUUUCUUACUGGUUUAUGUCAACUUUCUAAUGAUACAGUUCAUAUUGCUAUUCAACAAUUUUAUUCUUCAUUAUUUAUUAUUAAUAAACUUUUAUCAGAAACAAAAUUCAACACACAUAUCGAUUCAAUAAUCGAAAUAAGGAAAUCAAAUGCUCAUAAAGCAUUUACUCAUCUUCUCUUCUUAAUUCGAAAUGUUAACCAUGGAAAUGCUUUUGUAUCAACUUAUGGAACAAAUUUUGAAUAUUUUAUUCCUAUGAAAUUUUUUAUCGUACAAAAUGUACAUUAUGCAUAUACUAAACCAUUGUCUUAUGAUAACAAAUGUUCCUGUGGAUUAUAUUCAAAUUGUACAACUGAAGCAAAUUUCAUCGAAGGAAAUUUUUCUAAAAUCAUUCCAAUUAAAGGUUUAAAAAUGGGUUGUACACCAAGUGAAUCAUUUCUUCAAUCAACUCUUGAAUGUUUUUAUAAUCAAUCAUGUAUUGAUCUCAUUCAAGAAUAUACAAAUAUUAAUAAUAAUUUAACGUAUUCUUUUGCUUCUCUUUCAACAACAAAUACUAGUCGAUUUUUAAUAAACACUACUAUUGAUAAACUUAUUGAACAUUUGUUUAUUGAAGAAUGGAAAAGAACAAUUAAUUAUUCAUAUUAUUUUGAACAAUGUUCUCCAUUGAUAUGUUCAUAUACAUAUAUUAAAAAAUUCAAUUUAUUCCAUACAAUAACUGCUCUACUUGGUCUACAAGGUGGUCUCACAAUUAUUCUUCAGUGGAUUUCUCCUAAAAUAAUUCGAAUUAUAAAUAAAAUUUAUCAAUAUCGAAAGAAACGAAUAAAUCCAAUUCAACCUAUUCAUUCCGUUGAAACAAUACCCAUUGAAAAUGUCGAUACUUUCAUUAAUAGAACAAAUUCCAUCGUAUCAGUUCGAUAUCAUUUCAAGAUCAUCUUCAUAUGUGUACUGUUAUUAACAAUAACAGCAGUUCUCUUUCUAUUCUCUAUUAAUAUUGCUCGAUCAGAAAACAAUCCACUUAUAUUAACAGUUUCUUCAACAACGAGCACUACCAUGGAUACAUCAACAAAUAUCAUGACACAUGCUGUUAAUAGUUCAACAACACCUAUAGUAACAACAAGUAUGAUAACAACAAUUCGAACUACACAUAAACCAACUUGUUCAUUACAGUUUCAACAGAUAUCAAUUAAGAGACCUUCUUCUUGGUCUAAUAUGUAUACAUACGCUAUUGCUGAUUUUAACGGUGACAAGCAACUCGAUCUUGCUGGUAGUAAUCGCAUUACAAGGAGUAUAAAUGUGUUGCUUGGGACUGGUAACGCAAAUUUUCAACCAGAGAUUGAGUCAUUAACACGUCAACUAGAUUAUAUGGAUAAAAUGGUUGUUGGCGAUUUCAAUAACGAUAAUCGACUUGAUCUUGCAUGCAUUAGCCAAAUCACUGAAUAUGUAUUCAUUCUCCUCGGGAAUGACAGUGGAGCUUUUAAAAAGAAUCCGACACUCUAUUUGGAAGAAGGAAGCACUUUAUCAGGAAUCAUUUUAACUCAUUUUAAUGAUGAUGGAUACUUAGAUAUUGCUGUUACAAAUGCUCCUAAGAAUAGUCUUCAUAUAUUUUUUGGAAAGGGGGACGGAACUUUUUUUGCAGAAAUGACAUUCCAUACUGGAAUUAAUAGUUAUCCGAUAGAUAUUGCUGUCGCUGACUUUAAUCGUGAUGGUUGUCAAGAUAUCGCUGUCGUAAAUCAAUAUAGUCGAAAUAUUGGUAUAUUUUUUGGGCAUAGUAAUGGAAGUUUUGAAAUGCAAAAGACAUUUUCCACUGGCCACUAUUACGAUCCCAGUCAUUUAGUUGUGGGCGAUUUUAACAGUGACACAUUAAUAGAUAUUGCUGUCUCCUAUGAAAAGAGUGAUUUUAUUAACGUAAUGGUUGGAUAUAGUAAUGGAACUGUGGAUAGCAGCACGAAAUUUCACAUAGGAACUCCAUUCAUAGAACAUCAAAUGCUUGUCAGUGAUUUUAAUGAUGAUCAUUGUUUAGACAUCGUUUUUGCUGAUGCUCAGAAAGUACAUGUGUUUGUUGGGGAUGGAAACGGACAUUUUGAAACACAAUCAGUAUUUUUACUAGAGAAGGGUUAUAUAAUCCCUUGGCUAGGUAUUGGCGAUUUUAACGAUGAUAGUUAUGAUGACAUCAUUUAUAUGGACAAGCUUGACGUAUUCGAGGGCAUUUUUUUGAACAAAUGUAAAUAA